CGUCGUCGGCGUCGAAGGCACUGUUGAAGGAGCGUCGGAGGUGAGCGUCGAACUUACGCGACUUCUCCUACUUGCACCAAACUUUUAAAAACUGUUCGAAGUGCGACUAUAAUUUUGAUGGCCUCAUCUUGACUAUCUUCAGACUUGAAAAACUACCAUUAGGCAAACUUUUUAUGUGUGUCGUGAGUAAUAACAGUUCGGUAUAGUUAUUUAUAGUGGCAAAUUAAUUUUGUGAAAUGUAAUUUUUUGACAAAUAGACAGUGACUUUUAAGAAAUGGAAGGCACAUUUAGCGCCAGCUUUGGAGUACUCCUUUAUUUUAUGAUCUUCCAAGGAACGGGUGGCGUACAAAGGUUUGAGCAGCAACCCUCGUACACCGAAGUCAAUCCCGGCCAGGAUGCCCUUCUUGUAUGCAAAGUGUUCAACAAACGCGGAUCGUGUUCCUGGCAGAAAGAUAACAAGCCAAUGGGCAUGUAUCCACACAAGUACGAAUGGGCAUCUGGAAGUCAGCAGAAUGGCGACUGUUCCAUAUGGGUGCGAGCUGCCCAGUUAGAGUUUGACGAUGGGAAUUGGGAAUGUCAGGUGACAGCCAGCGAUUUUCACACACAAGACGCAUUGACUAGUCAACCAGUUCAUCUAGUUGUUAGAGUUCCGCCACAACGGCCCCGAAUAGAAUACAAUGGCACGCAAGUCCUCCCCGGUCACAACUUGACCGCUCUCCACGGUGAAGUGGCCGUCAUUAAAUGCGUAUCGCACUACGGAAACCCACCACCUGUACUUAAGUGGUUUUUGGAUCAGCAUGAAAUUACGCCGACGAAGCAACAGACCAACACCACGGAGCUGGAUAACCCUAGGACAUGGUUGGCACUAUCGGUACUUGAACUCACCAUCUCCAAAGAAAAUCACGGAAAAACUCUCAGAUGUGUUGCGGUGCAUGAAUCAUACUCAACCAAGUCGAGCAGCAUAGAAGUUAGAUUAGACGUAAUGUAUGUUCCAGAGACCAGACUAGUGGGAAUACCUACUACUGACAUAGAAGACUUGAAAGACUCAGUAGCCAUCCGAUGUGUCGUCAGCGCGAAUCCAAAAGCCGCUGUUGUGUGGCGACGAGAAGGUCAAAGUCAACCUGCGAGCUUGCAAGAAUUAUUACAAUUUAGUCCUGCCAUUAGACAACAUUCAGGCCUGUAUACGUGUCAGGCCCGGAAUAAAGCGGGAGAAUCCCAACCAAUUAGGGUCCAAGUUGACGUCAAAUACCCUCCAAAAAUCAUCAGCAUCGGACGGGAAAGAGUCAAGACUGUAACAUUAUUUUCGCCAGCCACAUUCGAGUGUUUAGGAGAAGGAAAUCCCCAACCCACAUAUAAGUGGUUGCAGAAAUUGCCAACACCUUUCAAUCGAGUUGAAGAAAGGGGAAGGGAUGCGAAACUGUACAUAGCCAAUGUCACUUACGACUACCAAGGGGAAUACAGGUGUAAAGUUACUAACAUUAUUAAGGGGGAGGAAAGGUCUGAACUCAGUGAGCCAAUCAUUUUGCAAGUCCAUGGCGCACCUCAAGUAUUACGACAAUCAGCGACACCAGAAGUGUUCGUGGAGAAGGGCCAGCUUGCGGAUCUUAGCAUGGUAGUUUGUGCCGAUCCCAGGCCUCGAAUAGUUGCUUGGGAAUGGGGAUCGCUUCGCCUGGAAGCUGGGUCGGAGAUGGGCCGUUAUAAGGUAGACGAGGUGGUCCAGGAAGAUCGCGAAGACUGCUACUUAGCGACUUUGCACAUCAAAGAUGCUUCAGCGACUGAUUCGAGAGCGUAUUAUCUAGCUGUAGAAAAUGAUCGAGGAACUGAUCGACAUGCAAUCCAACUCUUCGUUAACGAACCCUUGCAAAUGAGUACACUUGUCAGUUUGACAGGAGGGCUCCUCGUAACUUUCCUUCUACUCGUAUGUGGGUGUGUAUAUGCCGUCCGUACCGAAAAAUGCUGCUUCGCCCGGAAGGGCGAUUUUAAACCGACUGAUAUUGACGGGCAAAAGGUGGAUAUAGAAAAAACAGCCACCGGCCCUGGAGGUAUUCCUGCCGAUGCCAUUUAUACGACAACUCCUAGAGGUCACAGCAGCCCCGAGGCCAUGAAGGUACGUCUCGCCGCCAUGGUGCUGCAUCCCCCCACUAGAGUGUAGCACUGCACCCUCGAUCUGCGGCGGAACAACGGCUUUAAACACGGCCGACCCGCCACAGUGAUCGAGUAUAAGUGUUAACUGUUUUGAAAAAAAAAACAACCAAGGUGCUAAUCUCACGUCACGUGUUCAUCUUUGCUAACCGCUUUUAAUCCGAGUGCUGCCAUCGAUUUCUAAGCUCUCACGAAAUUAAAUUAAAUUUGCUCGGAGGAUUGUCAGAUGUACAGCGUGAUUCAAGGCUUACUACCACCCAAAACUGUCAAAUUUUGAUUGAGGAAAUAUCACUUGCUACAACUUUUCUAUACGCUUUUUUACUUCAAAUAAAACUUAAAUUAUCAGAUUUCAUAGAUUAACUUAAAUACAGGGUGUUUCGUUUUCAUUGUUACAAAUUUAAACAAGUGAUAGAAUAUUCAAUUUUAAGACAAAAGUUUCCUAUGAACAUGUAUCAAAAAAUGUUAUGUAAGUGAGUUACACCCCUUGAAAGAGAUGCUUUUUUAAUGGGAUUUUCCCACUAUUGCAGAAUAGAUAAAAUUACAAAAGUUGGUACAGCUGAUAAACCCAUGAACGCAUUCAAAGAUCAGUUGUCAAAAUUUUUAAUCACGGGCGUCUUAAACGG